AUGCCCUUUGAGCGUUUCUCAAUGGGCACAGAGCUCUUCUCGAUGCUCGACAAGGAGCACGAUCUUGUCGAUCGAGACUUCAGGCCCUUUGCAGAAGAGUGUGACAGGAUGCAGGGAAUACAGGUCUUUACUACUAUCGAUGAUGCAUGGGGUGGCUAUGCAUCCGCAUAUCUCGAGUCCUUGAGGGAUGAGUUUCCAAAGACAACCAUAUGGACCUGGGGUCUUCAGAGCCCCUUGCUUGUUAUUCCUAGAUCAAAGCGCCAACUACGCCUUACGAAUAUCGCUCACAGCAUCGAACAGCUCUGCACACAGGCAACCACAGUUGUUCCUAUGGCUUUACCCGAAGAGGACCUGUCAGCUGGCGUAUCGUUGGAUCGCCGCUCACCCUGGCAUACAUCUGCUGUCAUGGCCGCAGCUAUCGAAACAGCCACCUUGCCUACACGUCUGGUACAAGGCUCUUCGGGGCAGCCAAGUUCUCUAGGCGACCUGGCUGAGAGUCUGAAUGUCAAUGGCAACCAGCCCCUGGCCAGCAUCAACAUGUCCUUGGCACCUGAGAAAAACUCAUCGGAAGAGAGCCGCAUCAACGUCGACUUCUUCCAAAUAGGGCGGACUUGGAGUCGACAGCAUAUUGCUAGGUCAGAUGCCCAUAAGCAUGUCUUCGGUGAACUCCGAUCUUAUCGAGACCUGAAACCCCUCGGGAACAUUGAAGAAGACGCUCCUGGACAUCCUGGACAUCUUGCUCCGGGUGAACGCCCCGUGAUAGGCAAAUCGGUUGUGCGCAAAUAUGAUUCAUCCCUCAGAUUCCCGUUACUGGACGCCUACCCUCAGAUCUAUCCUCAUCUUAGAAGCCAUCCUGAUGCCAGUAUGCAAACCACGCUCUCCACAGAUAGCUCACUGGUGCAACGAAUCAGAAAUUUGCGGUCAGGCUCUGCUCGACUCGUGCCAGUCAACGAAAGAGAGGAUCUUGGUAACGGAUUGGCAGAAUUGGCGGAUGCCUACCAAGAAGGCUGGUUCAGUGGCAGUGAUGAUGACGACGACGACCUAUGA